AGUUGCUUCUGCAAGCAAAGGUGGAACUUAAUAUGCAGUCAGCUAGCGGAGAGUCCCCACUGGCGUUUUAUACGUGUACCACUUAGCAAUCAGGACAUAAACGACUAAAUUCACCACACUUAAUACUAAAUUUCUCAAGCUUUCUAGCUAAUUCUUGGUCCGGAAAAUCACUCAAACCGAGAAAGCUGCAAAACUGAGGAGAUUCAUGCUUUGCAUUCAGUUUUAUUCUUAACUCAGAUGAAGAAGAACCAAGAUAUAUCAAAGAGCAAAGGAACAAGAGAAGAAAACUUGUAAAGGCAACUUAGAGAGAAUUACCAUAACAUUAAACCAAGAAAGGCAGGAGACGAACCUGAUGCUUCCAAUCAGAUGUAGGAAAAACAGCAGCUGAAGAAGUUAAUCCAUAGAGAAAUGAAUCCAGGAUAUUUCUAAGGUGGUUGUUGGAUCAAGGCCACAAAGUAGACCUUUCUGUAAUGUUGACUCUCUCACUGUCUGCUUGAUAAUGGGGAAAGUUUGCACAAAAGCACAAAACAGAUUAGUGUGAACAAACUGAGGACCAGCCUCGGUGCUCUAAAUUUUCGUUCAUAAUGACAAAAAUGAGAGCCAGCCAUUGAGAACAAGGGACAGCAUUUCAUUUGUCCUCUUUCUAAUGAUAUAUUGUAUCAGAAGAAAUGUAUCCACCUCAACCUCAGUAUGCAUUCUUUGUCCACCUUCUUGCUUCUUCUUUUCUUCCUUCCACCUAACUAGUUAAAACGACGUGGCAGCAGAGACCAUGCUUACUUCUUUCUAUUUAUUUAUAAGAUUGGGUGCGUUGGGCAUUUAUAUGUACCUUGGAGCAACCAAAGAAAGAGCCAAAGGGAGAUUUUGAGGGUAAGGAGAAAAGAAGAGAUGGCAUCUUGGGUUCUUAGAGCACUGACGCUUUUGGCUUGCUUGUUUCCAGCAUCAGUAGAAUGCAUGGUUCGACAUUACAAGUUCAAUAUCGUGACUAAGGACGCCACAAGGCUAUGCUCAACCAAGCCAAUCGUCACCGUGAACGGAAAGUUUCCGGGACCCACUUUGGUUGCCAGAGAAGAUGACACAGUGCUCAUCAAAGUCGUAAACCAUGUCAAGGACAAUGUCACCAUCCACUGGCAUGGGAUCCGGCAGCUGCGGAACGGAUGGGCCGACGGUCCGGCGUACAUAACACAGUGCCCGAUUCAGCCGGGGCAGAGCUACGUGUACAAUUUCACCAUCACCGGACAAAGGGGCACGCUCUGGUGGCACGCACACAUCGUCUGGCUCAGAGCCACCGUCUACGGCGCAUUGGUUAUCUUGCCCAAGCGAGGCGUUCCGUACCCUUUCCCCAAACCCCACAAAGAAGCAGUGGUGAUUUUGGGUGAAUGGUGGAAAUCGGACGUUGCAGCUGUAAUUAAUGAAGCUUUGAAAUCUGGGUCGGCUCCAAAUGUUUCCGACGCUCACACCAUCAACGGCCGCCCUGGCCCUACCCCGAGCUGCCCUUCACAGAGAGGGUAUACAUUGCAGGUUCAAGCAGGAAAGAGGUACAUGUUGAGGCUUAUCAAUGCUGCACUUAAUGAAGAGCUCUUCUUUAAGAUAGCCGAUCACCAGCUGACGGUGGUAGAGGUGGACGCCACCUAUGUCAAACCAUUCAAAACAGAGACCAUCGUUAUAACUCCAGGGCAAACCACAAACGUACUCGUGGAAGCGGAUCGCCUCACCGGACAGUACAUGGUUGUGGCCUCGCCUUUUAUGGACGCGCCGAUUCUCGUCGACAACGUGACUGCCACCGCUACGUUGCACUACUCUGGUACCCUAUCAAAUACUGCCGCCGCUCUCGCCAUCCCACCUCCGAAAAACGCCACUCCGGUGGCAACGAAUUUUACCAGCGCCCUUAGGAGCUUGAAUUCGAAGGAGUACCCUGCUCUGGUUCCAUUGGAAAUCGACCAUUCCCUUCUGUUCACCAUCAGUCUCGGGGUUAAUCCUUGUUCCACAUGCGUCAAUGGCAGCCACGUAGUGGCAGCUAUCAACAAUGUCACUUUUGAUAUGCCAAGGAUGUCUCUCCUCCAGGCACAUUUCUCCAACAUAAGGGGAGUUUUCACAGACGAUUUCCCCGGAAAUCCUCCUAUCCCUUACAAUUACACCGGAACACAGCCAGCGAACUUUAAUACCAAUAACGGAACCAGACUGUACAGACUUGCUUAUAAUUCUACCGUGCAGCUAGUCUUGCAAGACACCGGAAUGAUUGCACCGGAGAACCACCCACUCCAUUUGCACGGAUUCAAUUUCUUCGAGGUCGGGAGGGGACUAGGGAAUUUCAACCCCACAAAGGACCCGGAAAAAUUCAACCUUGUGGAUCCUGUUGAGAGGAAUACCAUCGGAGUUCCAGCCGGGGGAUGGACUGCUAUAAGAUUCAGAGCAGAUAAUCCAGGGGUUUGGUUCAUGCAUUGUCAUCUGGAAGUACACACGACAUGGGGACUGAAGAUGGCAUUUGUUGUCGACAAUGGCAAAGGCCCUAAUGAAUCUCUCCUUCCGCCACCAAGUGACCUUCCGAAGUGCUAGAGAAACUCGAGUAGGCGAAGAAACAGGGGAAGAUGAAGAACAGAGAAGAAAUAUUAACAGAACAGUGGAGAGAUAAUAAGAAUAGUUUGUCCGAGCAAGCUAAACAUAGCUGCUCGAUGCCGAAUAAGAACAUAGCGAAUUUCUUUUUGUAUACACUGGUAAUUAAUCCAAAGUUCUAAA